AUGGUGAACUUCUUACUUCUUUUUUCAUAUUGUCCAUCAAUAUCAUUUAAUAUUUCAUCAACAAAUGAAACAAUUAAAUCAAUACCAUCACUUAUUCCAUGUGCAUUAACACAAUUUUGUACAAAUAAUAAUCUUCAAACAAUAAUUAAUUUAUUUUAUACAAUAAAUAAAUAUUUAGAUGAUAUUAUUCGUUUUUUAAUUCAUAUAAAUCAUCGUUUACAUGAAGAAUUUAUUUUAAUAUUAAAACAAAUUGUUUUAUUAAUUAAUUCAUCAUAUUUAUCAACAAUAUUAAUAAAUGUUAAUUUACAACAUAAACUUGAUUCAAUUCAUGAACAAACAAAUCUUAUGCAUGAAAAUCUUGUGACUAUUAUACAAGCAAAUGUUCAAGGUGUUGAUCCAAUUAAAUCCUAUUAUAUGCAAAAACUUGAAGAAAUUCAUUUAUUUGAACGUUCAUUUCUUAAUGUUCAUUGUGCGCAUAUAAAACAAUUAGAUAAAAUAAUGUAUCAUCAAUUACUUGCAUAUUCACAAGAAGUUAUACCUAUAUUUGAUAUUGCUGUUAAUGAAUUAUUUUUUACAAUUUAUGAAGAUGAUACACUUCCACAUCAAAUUCAAGUACAAUCAUAUAAUGUUGAUAUAUUUAGAAAUAUAUGUUGUCAUGAUCCAGAAGAUUUAACAUUAGAAUAUAUGUUAUUUUCUUAUAUAAAAACUAUAAUAAUUUAA